AUGACUAGGAUCUCGUUCGACACGUCCACAAAACACCACUACUUUGACUUGACCGGCCACCGCCGCAGAGUCGACGAGCGCAAACGAAAGGAGGUACGAGAACAAGAAGAAAAAUUAGCCGAGGCGGAACGCCGAGAACAGACACGUCGUACGUCGAUAAUUGAAGCACAAGAGUUCUUGGAGGAGUUCAUCCGAACAAGAUGGGAGACGAACUUCUCCCACGGGCACGUCAAAAUCCACUGCAACCUCACAAUGGACGAGGUCAAGGACCUGGGGCACCUUGAUAAAGCCAACGGUUCAAGGGCAUGCCGCAAGCUCAUCACUGCUCCCGUCAUCCAUGAUGCGAUUGGGUAUGCGCUCUGGAUGGACCUCCACGAGAAAGCAAUCAUGGAAGAGCUUGGGAAUAAACCAGAAACCAAUCUCGUCAUUGAACAUGAGAGACCAAUCAUAUCCACUGCAAAGGACGACAAACGAAAAUGGAGUCACUUUUCAACCCAUCAUGCCGAAGAAGAACCUCCCAUCCGACGUACGAGGUCCAUGACCCGCCGCGCGACCGUGGGUGACAUUUCUGCACGGGAUAAACGGUCGCGUUCAGCCUACGAAAUCGUUUCGACUACCGAACGCAAUAGAAGAAAGAGCGAUAUGCCCCUUGUCAGAGCUGAUCAGGUUAUGUGCAUGACUUGCGGGUGUAGGGCAAUGGGCAGCAUCCAGCCUGAAAACGACGUCAAGGAGGAGGAAGAAGAAGAAGAAGAAGAAGAAGAAGAACAAGAGGAAGAAAAAAUUGAGGAAAUCACGGAUAAAAAGAGACAUGUCAUUUCGAGAAGAUUGUCCGCGAAGAUGAGCAAAAAGUUGACGGCGUUUGGGGGAGGUGUCGCGAGUGGUUAUGGAGGCUCUCGAUUGAUUGCCUAA